AUAAGCGGUCCGAGACUAACUAAGCGGCUGUCUAAAGAACUACUAAUGGGUACUUAGCAGACAGACGCGUCCAUAUUGCUAUCUGCGGCGCCGGCAGCUUCUAUUCGCACCCACACCAAUUGAUAACAAGCUCUCCACGGCCCGCCCACCACCUGCCGCCACCACUCCACUUCGGUUGGAGUCUGUGGUAUGGCUGCAACAUUAUAUGACGUGUGACAAAUACUUUAAUAGCUCCAGCAUCAUAUUUCCUCGACGGCGUGACCUCGAGUUGACCAUGUUCACGGUGUAUUAAGCAUCAUCCAGACCUCAUGAUGGUGGCCACAACAUGAAGGACCAGACCGCGUCAUGUCAUUGAUCUGAGCUACUUACAUAUGAGCUUGAACUAAGUUAUCGGGCUAGAGACCUCCAUUGGAAGACUGGAUGUAGCCCGCGGGCUGGAGCCGCCAAUGCAGGUAGGGAUUCGCCUCGAUGCAGAUAGUAAACACGCAACGGGCGGCCGUGAAUCGGCAGCCCUAGCAACCACCGUCGAUGCCACAGAUGGUCGACCGGCAAACUUACAUGUACCAUGACCGCGUCGGUUCCCGCCUGGACAGUCGGAACGUCGGCGGCCCUUGCUGGGACAUCCCCUCUUCAUCCUCCCGCUUCGUCCCGUGAUGCAGUGACGGCGACGUACUUAAUAGACGACCUCUUCCCGUCCCGAGUGUUACAAUGAACUCGAAGAUCAAAGAGCCACAACGUCAACUAGCAUCUGAGCGCAAGCAACCACCCGCUGGCCUGAACAGUGUCCCGCCGUCGAGACACUUUGUGCUACGCAGGGCGCUCGUCACAAUGGGCCUCCCUGUCCUUCUCCUCUCGGCACUCUUCCUGGCCUUCAACGCGAUCCAUGUCUCCGCGGAUGAUAUCACCGCGUCCGGCGGCCAUGGCAAGCCCAACUUCAUCUUCAUCAUGACGGACGACCAGGACCUGCACCUCAAUUCGCUCGACUACCAGCCGCUGCUCAAGAAGCACUUUACCGACAAGGGCACCCUCUUUAAGAAGCAUUUCUGCACCGUAUCCCUGUGCUGCCCCUCGCGUGUGUCGCUGCUCACUGGCAAGGCUGCGCACAACACCAACGUCACCGAUGUCAGCACUCCUUAUGGCGGCUACAACAAGUUUGUCGCCGAGGGCCUCAAUGACAAGUACCUCCCCGUCUGGCUGCAGGCGGCGGGCUACAACACCUACUACACCGGAAAGCUCAUGAACGGCCACACCAUCCGGACCUACAACAAGCCAGUGGCCAAGGGCUGGACUAGAUCCGACUUCCUCAUCGACCCCAACACGUAUCGCUACUUCAACGCGUCGACAGUCCUCGACAACGGCGAGUUCCAAUUCAACCCAGGCAAGUAUUCCACCGACCUCGUCUCCAAUCGGGCCGUCGAGUUCCUGGGCAACGCCAUCGACGCCAAGAAGCCCUUCUUCCUCGGCGUCACGCCCAUUGGGCCUCACGCGGAGACGGUCCUCGAUGAGGGCGGCGGCGCCAAAUUCCUGGCCCCGAUCCCGGCAGACCGCCACAAGGACCUCUUCCCGCACGCCAAGGUCCCUCGCGGAGGCAAUUUUAACCCCAAUCAGCCCGGCGCCGUCAGCUUCUUCGACAUUCCCAAGCUCACAGACGACCAAGUCAAGUACAACGACAACUUCUACCGCCGGCGCGUGCAAUCCCUACAGGCCGUCGACGAACUGGUCGACAACAUCGUCACCAAGCUCGAGGCUCACCCCGACGUCCUCGCCAACACGUACCUGUUCUACACAUCCGACAACGGCUACCAUAUCAGCAACCACCGCCUGCCCCCGGGCAAGACGUGCAGCAGGGAGGAGGACAUCAACAUCCCCUUCAUCGCGCGCGGGCCCGGCAUCGCCGCCGGCAAGGUCGCCUCGUUCCCGACCUCGCACACGGACCUCGUGCCCACCUUCUUUGAGCUCGCCGGCAUCCCGCUGCACGACGACUUUGACGGCAUCCCGAUCCCGUUGACGCAAAAGAGUCUGCAACACAACAAGGCCAAGCAUGAGCACGUUAAUGUAGAGUUUUGGGGCUCCGGACUGGGUGAGGGCACCGCUUUCCCCAACUUGAGCAACAAAUUUACCCAAAACACGUACAAGACGGUGCGUGUCGUCGGCGGCGAGUACGACUUCUCCUACAGCGUCUGGUGCACCAGCGAGCACGAGCUGUACAACAUCAAGGACGACCCCGCGCAGUUGAAGAACCUGUACGGUGCCAAGGGAAAGACCUCUGGCUUCCCCAUCCCAGAGCUCACGGCCCGCCUCGACGCCCUGCUGCUGACGCUCAAGAGCUGCAAGGGCAAGGCCUGCCGGGAGCCGUGGCAGACGCUCUUCCCCAAGGGCAACGUCAAGAACCUGCGUCAGGCUCUCGACAGGCGCUACGAUCACUUCUUCCUGCACGAGCAGGAAAAGGUCACCUUUUCGCAGUGCCUGGAUGGUUACAUCACGUCGGCUGAGGGCGCGCUGGCGCCCAUCCCGUAUGGCUCCACUGGAGUAGACGAAGCCCUUGAGGCGCGGUGGGAAGACCUGGUAUGAGUGUCACGAAGGGAGCGAGGAGGCGCGGGCGAUUUGAACCACUGUUGCGAUCCAUGAUGAGAUACGAGUUACUAGAUACGAAAAAUGCAUGUAGAUGCCAGCUAUA